AUGAACGGAAAUCAGUGGCAUUCGAAUGGUCAUCGUCACCCGCAGGACAUUUCAUCCCCGCGUCGGGUACAACAGUUACAACAGCAUGGACACGCUCCUGACACGGCCUACCUCGCUCAUAGCUUGUUUGCCACCUACCCGGCAGCAUCCACAAUCCCGUCAGCGCAUGUCGCCCGACAUAUGAGCAACUUAUCGAUCGUUGAACCUCCCCCAACUUAUAUGCAUGCGAACCCAAACAAUCUCUACGUCGCUCAGCACCAGUCGUACCAUCAACCUGCUUCACCGUUCGUCGAGUAUUCGCAUGAGCUUGCUUAUUUGUCCAAUCCCUCCGUUCCUGCCUCCCACUCUGCAUAUUGGCAGGCCACUAGGGAUGAGUCUGUGAAAUUACUGUCAUAUGGACCACCCAUGAACCAGUCCAGCUACGUCCCCCCUAUGCAAUGGAAUCGAAACGUUCCUAGUUCAUCAUUCCAGGCUCCCGCUUUAGCCAAUUCCGUACUCCAACGGUUUAAUCCUACUUCAGCCUACCCAACUCCGCCCCCGCCUGGAAUACGUGCUUCCUCUUCUUCCCUUGCUUUUGCCCUUGGGAAUCCUAACAAGAAAGCGAGUGAGCGUGUCUACAAACCCCAGGAGUCCGGCCCCUUUGUUAAGGAUUUCCUCAACCGCUCUGCCCAACUCAUUGAGAACAAACCUAUACCACCCGCGCAGGCUAUGCCUAGUAAAGAUACCUUGAGCAUAGAUUCACGACCACAUCCGCCAAAUCCGCCACCAGUUCCGCUUCCAGAAGCUUUCACGUCCCCACGGAAACGCAAAUCUCCAGAAGAUGUCAGUACACCUUCACCUAAGCGCAUACAAACAUCUGCCCCAGAGAGGUCCACGCCCACCCCAAAGACUGUUGGCGCAACGCCGUCGAAGGAGUCUAAAACCCCACGACAUGUUUUGGCUUACGUCAACGUCCCUUCUCCAUCAUGGAAAACUCCGUCAAGAAAGCAGUCAUCAUCUGGCGAACAUGCUGGCUCAGGUUAUUCAGAAGAUGACGAUGAGGACCGACAUGAUGUACGUGCUAGCGUCAAGUUGUCCGCUCGCCGAACGGGCGACAGGGAUGAGCGGGCUCCGCUAGAAAAGCUUACCACGUUGAUUGAAGACAUUUUUGAAGCCGAGGAUUCUUUGCCUGUCGACCUCCAAGCUGCUGAUUUACCGAAGGAAUUCUUCUCCCCGUUGACGAACGAUUGCAACCACCCUCAGCUCCAGCAUAAUCUCAUACGUAAACUAACCAAAUAUGUCAGUCAACUUGCCCACCCACCGAAAAGAUCUAGGCGUCCUGCUCGAGAGAUUGUGCAGAACGGCCAUGGAGCGAAGCCAAGGGUGACGCUUGGUGAUAUUGAAAGCCCAAUGCUUUCGCGGUUAAUGAAGAUUCUUGAGCGUGCUAUCAAGGCUGGAGAGGACCUGGACCCUUUUCAUACCUCGCUACCUUUGCAUACCGAGAAGGGUCUCAAGCACCCAGCAGUUGACGGUGCGGGCAAUGAGGAUGGUGACGCCCAACGAGAUACCUCGCAAGUGUCGUCGCAACAGCACUUGACCGAUUCAGACAUACGUGCUCUGGGUGCGCAAUUAGAGAUUGCCAGAGAUAGUAUCUUAGCCGCCGAGUGCUGUAUUGCUCUGUUAAGCGGAGAAGGACUAACCAAACAGCUGUACUCGGAAGAACUGAUCAGCACCUGUCUCAGCACUAUUAAAAACCAGUUAACGAUGAUUGUCUACCCUUUUGUAGAGGGCUCGGGAAUUGGCACGUCUGUUUCACCCCAACUGCAAUGUCUUCAUCGAUACACCCACACUGGUACUGGUGACUUGCGUAGAUUACUGGGCGAGCUUUUCCAGGCUCUCUCUGCAGCGCUGCCACGCGUCAACUCUCUUUUCAGCGCAGACGGCCUCAUCAUGUCAGAUGCGAUCAUUAUCCAGGCUGUUUACAUUGCCAUAGGGCCAUUCUUUAUUGUUGAAUCCGCCCAGGAGGGCGACACGAAGGGCAGGAAUGAAAACGCUGUGCUGAGCACCCUCGGUAGCAGCGCCGUGAGAGGUUUACGGCUUGACGCGCUUUCGAUCAUCCGCAGUAUAUUUGCGAACCAUGAGGACCAGCGCUCGUGGAUCAUUGAAGAGAUCCUAACGUCUCUGAUAAAGUUGUCCAAUAGUCACAAGAAAGCCGGGCAGUUCCGUUUGCGAGACGGGCGGUCAAUACGAACGGUUUCAGCAUUACUGUUGCAGCUGGUUCAGACAUCGGCCCGGGACGUUCGAAUAGCAGCUCGGAAGAUCGCGAAAGCUCGUCACAGCCAAGCUCUUCGGCGACAAGACAGUUCACAUGAGACAUCUCAAGAUGCCAUAUUCGACGAGCAUGACACUAAAGAGAUUCAGCUGUAUAUAUCUGGUCUCGAGUCUGCUACGACAGCCGCAAAGACCAUUAUUCUCUUCUUGACCCAAAGGUCCGGCAAGGGCAAGCAAACAAAGAAUUCCAACGAAGCGGAGUAUCGAGUCAUUCUAGAUAACCUUAUUUCUGACCUACUCGUCGUACUCUACUGGCCGGAGUGGCCUGCCGCGAGUUUAAUUUUGAGUGUUAUUUGCAAGUUCAUGGUUUCCUCGCUGGAUGAUGUCAAGACCACCCAACAGACAGAUACUAAUGCGGCCAAGACUAUAGCGCUAGACCAUUUGGGUGUCAUAGCUGCACGUCUGCGUACGAGCGCUCUCAAAGUCCGGCAGCGUGGUGGGAAGCAUACUGCCCUUCCAUUGGAUGAGAUUGUUUCUUCAGGGAGCAUCGAGAACUUUGAAAGGUUGCUGGCCCGACACGAAGCUAUUUCCAGUCACCUUCUGAGGCGCUCGUCAGAUGAUCAGGCAUAUGAGAGUGCUCGAGAAUUGACAGCUGCUCUCUGGGGUCACGAGCUGGCGAGCGCUCUACGAGCACUCCAGAAUACUCUGCACAAUCAGGACAAAGGUUCAAACUCGCAUGGACAAUCGACCGCAGUGUUUUGUGCACGCCUCCAGAGGGCAUUGAGUAGUGUAUGGCAAGACCAUUCGAGUGACAUAUUCGACGUUGGUUCACAAGAGGAAGCUGCCCGCGCCGACCUUCUAGCUGAAGAAGUUGGAAUCGUCCAAGGCCUCAUGAAUUCCUUUGGACCGAUAUUAAACGUUGUCCUGAUGGCACUUGAUGCGCCACCUGUCUUCAUGCGUACAAAAGCGCUUCGAGCGCUUGGUCAGAUUGUGACCAGUGAUUCUACCAUUCUUUCAAUGACAAAUGUUCGUCGCGCCAUUGAGAGCCAUUUAUUGGAUUCUUCCCCGGCAGUCCGAGACGCAGCUGUUGAGCUGAUCGGCAGGUAUAUGAUCGAAUCACCCGAAGUGGCUGGCGAUUAUUACUCAAAGAUUGCUGACCGGAUAGCCGAUACUGGUCUCGGAGUGCGCAAGCGCGUCAUUAAACUCCUCAAGCAAUACUACGGUGUUACCGAGGACAUGGACCGUCGCAUCGACAUAAGCACAAAACUCGUACUACGAAUGUUAGACGAGGAUGACACCGUGAAGGAUCUUGCCAUCAAAACCGUAGAGGAGCUUUGGUUUCAAAAUUCGAUCCCACAAGUUGUCCCCUCUAAAUCAAGACUGCACUCCACCCCUACUCAGCUACAAGGCAAGGCGGCAUUGCUGGGCAAAGUGUCCGUGAUUAUGGGUGUAUCGGCUUUCUUCAAGGACAGGCAGUCGCCUCUCGAGGAUGUGUUGCACAAGAUCAUUACGAAUCAAAGUCCAAACGAGUUACCACUGAUGCACGCAAAGUAUUCUGAAAUUUGCGAGGCACUAAUUGAUGGUCUUGUGGAUGCUUCCGAUUUACCAGGUUUCACCGUACAAUCAUGCGUCAGGACUCUGUACCUCUUUGCCACAGCUCACCCCUCUGUUCUGUCCGGAAGCAAUGCGUCGACGCUACUUCCAUAUCUGAAAAAUCCGACCUCGACUGACGAGCUCGUCGUUUCCGACUAUUUACUGAGGGUAUUCCGUAUAUCCAUCCCCCACAUGCCCAAAACAGCGAUAAAGUUUGGCCAAGACCUGCAACUAGUCCUCCAACCUAUGAUCGUCAAGCCAUCCAGUGUCGGGGGAGUAGUGUGUCUACAGGAAAGCGUUGCUUGCAUGUGCGGGUCUGUGCAACAUCUCACACAUGAUUUUCAUCGACUGGUCGCACUCCUGAAGUCUUGCAACGCCCGAUUGCAGCAGGCCAUUUCACGCAAAACUGAAGCAAUGACCCCAGUUGAGACAAGGACUUUAUCGAUCCUUAUCUUCAUUGUGGCCCUGUUAGGAGAGCACUGUGACUUCGAUAAACUUCGUGCGGAGCGGACCGAAUUUGCAUCGGACUUAAACAGUGUCUCAGAGGGACCCACCGUAGAGCACAUCUACAAUAGCCUUCUAACACUCUAUGCAAAAUAUACUGACUCAGGUCUCAAAGGGCGCAUUCUGCAGUGCCUGGGUUUCCUGUUCCGGGCUCGACCAACGUUAAUGACGUUGGAUCAGUCAGCAGGAAUUAUGGACGCUAUCUUCGCCUCCCCUGAUGAAGAAAGUCGUGGUCGUUUGCUCAGAAUCUUGCAGGACUUCUUGGUUUCGGAGGCCGCAAAGCAUACCGAACAACAAAAAGGGUCCAGUCAAGGCAAAACCGAUGGCGGCGUGGAUAUGGCACAUCUCGUCGGAAACACCGACGACUUCGCUGAUUCGGGCGUCAGUUCUGCAGUCGUGCAGCGAUAUCUUACCCAUAUUCUCGACGCUGCUUUAUCCCCAAAUCCUCAGAUACAAGCUGCGGCCAUAGAGAUUCUGAGCUUUACCGUGAAACAAGGUUUAGCUCACCCAUUACAGUCGAUCCCCGUUAUCGUUGCGCUGGAGACAAGCCCUGUCAUCGGUACCAGUGUCCGUGCGAGUAAUUUGCAUGCCAUCCUGUAUAGCAAGCACAUGUCUCUGCUGAAUGCUCGGUUCAUCGUCAGUGCAAGGCGGUCAUUUGAGUAUCAGAGGACAAUAUCACCAAACAGUGUGCAAGGCUACCGCAUGCAACCAGAGCCGACUGCACUGCUACAGCGAUGGUAUUCGUUAGUCCGAGAGAAGAGAACGCCCCGGCAAGAUUUCAUCAAGGCUCUGGUGAAGUCUUUCGACAUUCCUCCAUCUUUGAAGUCAACGCAGAAUGACAUCGACUUUGUCCGGUACAUGGCUGAAAAUUUUGCUACCCUGGAUUACAAGACCCAGGAAGAAGUACUGACAGUCAUCAGACAUCUUACCUCCAUCCUAUCGACGUCUGGGAUGCAGAUCAUCGAUGUGGUCUCUCCGUCGCAUCUCCUCACCCAAUUGCAUGAGCCUCAGCCUCAGUCUCUUCCUGACGGCAUGGCGCCCAUGCUACUGUCCGCUCCUGACCUUGAUGUUGAUAUAAUGAGAACAUCUGUGAUCAUCGGCGUGGUCAUGCUACUCAAGACAUACCUGAAAACGUUGUACGGAAUAUCGGAAGAAAAAUGUAGCAAAUUUGUUCCUGGCAAGAAGAGCGCGGUUGGCGACAAACCAGCUACCAAACGUCAUCCAAACCCUAUAUCCUGGGAUCGGCUGCCAUUCGCAACAAUGCCUCUCAUACUCCCAGAAGACCUGGUGAAACAUAGAACAGCUUUCCUCCAUGUUUGGAACGAAGAUGGAGUAGCCCCGGAACCAGAGGAUGCUCUAGAUUAA